AUGGCUUGGGCCAUUGAGGACACAGCAGUUUCUAAUUUCAAAAUCGGCGUGCUGGCAAAGGACCAACAGCCUAACCCGGAAAACUUGAAAAAGUAAGACAUUCACUUGUUUAUAAGUUAACUAUGAUUCCAUCCACUCAGCCUGGAAGUAUAUUCGAAACUCAAGGACAUACUGAAAGCCGAUUCAUCUCAACGUAUCUACAUCUCAUUGGAAAUCAAUAAGAAAGCUGAUAAAUCUGCAGUCACCCCUCAACAAGUAUUUCUGAGAUUCUUGGCUAGUAAUGGAGAAGAUGCAGUUUUCGUAAUUACUCCAGACUCGAAUGGAAUUUACCUGCAUGACAUGGUGAGCGGUUUUAAGGAUAUGAGGAUUAAAAUUGUUUUUGAUUUUCCAAAAUUGUGGAACUUUUUAACAGGUAUUCCGCACUGCUGCUAAGACAUUCCGGAAUUUGAGCGGCAAACUCCACCUGAGCCUUAUUGUUGGAGACGUCUCCAUAAAAAAUCCAAUUCGCUGGGAAUUCGUAAGUUUAGCUUAUUGAUUUACAAAUAUCUUCGUCAUCUCGACAAGCCGAGCUUUCAAUUAAAUGAUAUACUCAAUUUACCGCUCUUGCCCCCUCGGUGUUUGCAGACUCAAGCCUAAUUUCAGGAAAAUUUGGCUUGAGUCUGCAAACACCGAGGGGCAAUAGCGAUGAAUUGAGUUUAACGAUUUCUAAUUUAAAAUUAAAGAAAUUAACAGGACGGCUCGUCCACCGAAGCGGUUUUAAAUAUGUCCGAGAAGACUUUUCAUUAUUUUCUUCUCAGGCCGAUCUCGAGCUCUCCCUCCUAUCCAUUUCCGAUACUGUACCAAAAUCGCAGCAAGUGCGUUAUGAGCUGAUGGAAGAACUUCAUCAUAUUUUCCGACAACCCGAAAAACGUCCAUCGGCUAUUAUCUCAGAUUUGUUCACAGCUAUUUGCUUGUCUCCACUGGUCGUUCUUCUCGGACUGGUAAUUUCUUCCUUUAGCUAUGCAAAAACAUUUCACCUUUUUCAGUGGUUCCAAAUUGGAAUAAACAUCGAAAACGCUCCAGUCUCAACGUGGGUGCCCAUUUUUCAUAUAGGCCUAGCAGGUUUUAAUUAUUUACGAACCAAAUUUACUAUCUUAUUUAGGAGUCUUCGGUGUCUACUUCUUUUUCUGGGUUCGAAUUGAUAUGUUCGAGACGCUUAAGUAUUUAUCGGCGCUAGGAUUCCUGACUUUUGUCGCGGGAAACAGAGUGCUCCGAGCUCUAGCUGGGCAGAAAUUGAAGCCGGAAUGA